AUGAACCAGAGAGUCCUCACAAAUGACAAAUCUAAGGAGAUUUCAACAAACAACAACGAAAUUCAAGGAGAUAGGAGCUGGAUUUCAACCGUAGACUGGACUCAACUUCCAGGUGAUACAGUUAUUCAUCUGUUUUCUCUUCUGAAUUAUCAGGACAGGGCGAAUUUAUCUUCAGUUUGCCAAAGUUGGUGGUCUCUCGGUGCUUCUCCAUGUUUAUGGCAGUCACUGGAUCUUCGAGCCCACAAAUUUGAUAUCUCCACAGCCCCCUCUCUUGCUUUUAGAUGUUCUUCCCUUCAGAAACUUUGUUUUGAUGGAGAAGAAUCUGCUGAGGCGAUAAUCAGUCUCAAAGUAAGCACUUUGAUUGAGAUAAGAGGUAACUUUUAUGGGAGAGUCAACGACGUAACUUUAUCUAUAAUUGUAGAUAUGAAUAAGUUACUUGAAGUCAUCGAAUUUGGUUAUAGCUACUGUAAGGGAAUCAGUAGUGAAGGAAUCAAAUCAAUUGCUAUGUGCUGUCAUAAUCUCAAGAAGCUUUGGCUUUCAGCCGUGAGAGAUGUUAACUCAAUAGCGAUUAAUGCUCUAAGUAACAAUUGUCGCAAUUUGGUAGAAGUCGCAUUUACGGAUUGUGUAAGAGUGGACGAGAUAGCGCUGACAAAACUUCUAUCAGUUAAAUUUCUCUCAAUUGCUGGAACAAAAAACUUGGAUUCAGGUCUAGUUAUAGAGCAUUGGAUUAAGUUUGCAAAUUUGUUAGCGUUGGAUGUGUCAAGAACACGUAUUAGUGCAAAUGCUAUUGAUAGGUUACUUUCCUAUUCUCCAACUUUAAAGGUCUUAUGUGCUCUUUGCUGCCCGAAAUUGGAUGCAGAUGUGAAUUUUAGCCCUACAAAUGAAAUGGGUAUAAAGUUGUUAUCCAUGCUGACUUGCAUACCCAAAUUGUUGGAUUCUCAAGAUAUCUUGAUCAUGCCAUGGAUUGAACAAGUUUUAUCGCGUUCGCUUCUUCGUUUAGCAGAACUGAAUUUUCACUCAAUGAGAUUGACAUACUUCUGGAUUAAAGAUGGUCUAACUUUAAUGACUAAUUUUUUAAAAAGUUCAGAUGAGGAUGUACAAAAAAGGGCGAUUAGAGGAAUUGCAUUACAUGCAUCAACUCCUUUUGAUGAAGAAGUUGAUGAUGAUACAGAUGAUCAAAGAAUAAAGGCAAUACUAUAUGGAAUGGCAAACGUUUUAAAUUUAGUAAAAUCAUCAAGUGAAGGAGUUCAAUUAGAAGUGAUGAAGGGAAUAAAUAUGGUGUUUUCGAAUAAAAAAUUUAUAAUUGUGACCUUCAAAGAAGGGGUUUCAGUUAUAGUGAAAUUACUAGAGUCUACGAAUAUAUCUAUUCUUGAGGAGGCUAGUAAUGGAUUAAGGAAUGUGCGUGAAAGAUUGUAUGAAGUAAUGUCAGAGAAUGAAUAUAAGGAAAAUGGUGUUGGUACACUAGCAUGUAUGACAUCAGAUGAAAAAAUAAGCAUAGAAAUUAGUAGAAAUAUUUGCUUAGAUGCCCUUGUGACUAUUACUCAAGAGUGCUUGUUUGUUGGAGUAUUGGAGCUGGUUGCUUUUGUCUUUGCUAACUUGACAAGAAUGGUACAUACAAAUGACAACAGUAUAAUAGCUGGACACAAAUUAGGUGUUCUUCAAAGACUUGUAGGACUCAUUCGUUCAGAAGAUAAACAUAUCUGCGAAAAAACUGUUGAGGCACUUCAUAACUUGUCUUUUGAUGAAUGGAACCGGGAAGAAAUUGUAGCAGUUGAUGGCAUUGAAGCUUUGGUUUAUUUAUCAAAGGAAACUACCAAUUAUUCAUGGAAAAAAUGGAAGAGAGUUAGUGGGGUUGAGAAUUUGGACGAGAGCUCAGAACCUAAUAAUAUUGCUGUAGGACAAAUUAGACAUUUUGGAAGUCAAGUGUCUGAUGUACUCUCUGUUAAGGAUAAUAUACAUGUGAUUAUAAUGGGAACCCUUUGGAAUCUCGUAUUCAAGCCUGAUAUUGCUCUUCGUUUAGUUGAAAAAAAAGGGAUUCAAGUUCUUGUUCGCAUUUGUUUGGUUUCCGGAUCUGAACUAGCACGAUUCUUAGCUAUUUUAGUAAUGGCUUACAUUUUUCAUAUCCUUCCGGAAGGAUGCACAUACAGUAUAAGAAUCAUCGAUUUGAAAAGAAUUGUCCAAUUUGCUCGUAUAAAGAAUGUGCAUCAAUUGGAAUGCAGUGAAGAUGAAAUUGCACGAUUUGCUAACAUGUUAAGAAGUUCUUCUUCCCCGAUUAAGUCUUGUGCUAUAUUCGCUCUAAUGCAGCAUCGACAUGACCGUCUUAUAUACGGUGCUUUCCUCACCACACUCUCUCUUGAAGUGACAUCCCUGCAAGUUGCAGAUCUCCUUGCCUCCUUUGGCUCUACUAUCUUCGUUGAAGACAUGAAUGAUCAUGUCUUGCAUGGCCUCAACAACAACUAUAGAGCUAUCAUUGAUGGAGUCAAUGCAAGGGACAUUACCAUUCUAUUUCAUAACCUCACUGAGAAACUUCUCAUUAAAGAACUCUCCCUUAUUGUUGUUCAAUGGUGGGCUCUUGCUCCCAUGACAACCUUGAAUGCAUAA